AUGGUCGAUGUUGAAUUGAUCUUUGCAAUCGUCAAAAUUAUUUUAAGUGGAAUUAGUGCUCUCAUUGCAUUGUUAUAUUGUAUCCCAAUUAUAUUUUUACGUCGAUUUCAUGAUACUUUCAAUCUUCUUGUAUUGAAUCUUUGUUCUGGUGUAUUCUUUGCUACGGGUUAUUAUGUAGGGUAUUUUACUGUGUAUCAUUUUUAUCUUUACUUUUUUUGGACUCAGCCAUUUUGCAAUUUUCUCUAUUGCAUACUAUUUAUUGCGGUUUCUGAAAUACCAUUUGGAUUGCUCACAUUGAGUCUUAGUCGAUACUGUACAAUAGUACAUCAUACAAAAGGAUUUUUCAAAACAAAAAUCUUUUUGGCAUUAUGUUUGGUAUCUCAACGUAUAAUUGAAUGUUUACUAUUAUUACCAUUUGCAUUACCUAUUGGAGCGUAUUGUAGUAUCCCGAAAUGGUCGUUUGGAUAUUUGUUAGUUUCAAUUAUAUUGCUACCAGGAUUGAUUACACUUUUGUUAAAUCUUGCGAUAUUUAAAUACGUCCACUCAUCAUCUCGUCGAAUUCAACCAAUAAAUAAUACGAAUCAAAUACCUGUGGCUAGUAUUCAAGUUCCAAAACUAACUCGACGUGAUAUGAAUUUACUGCGACAAACGAUCAUUAUUUGGGGUAUAGUUUUUAUUGGAUGCGUUCCAAGUUUUGCUCUUAUAGCUAUCGAUUACCAAGGCAAUGUGCCACGAUUGGUUUAUUCACUCUUGGAAAUAUGGGAUAACUUGACCGUAUUUGCCGCAUUGAUAAAUUUAUUCUUAUAUAACAGUGAACCGGAACCACCUCCUCGUCCACCAGUACCUCGGGAAACAUCACCGACGAUGGAUCCUGAAGAUGCUCUUCUUGCAGCUAUUCGUUUAGCAACUGAUCUCGAUCCGAACAAGCAAGCAAACAAAAUUGUUAUGGCUAAUAGUUAG